UAAUGCUCAAAAGAUUACAAGAACACGGAUUGUGGCUGCUGGCAGCUGACUUUUCUCGGUGUACUUGAUAACCUUUUGUCAUGCUUUGAUUUACCUUUUACUUAGGAGCAAAUGAUUUUUGCAAUUGCAGUCUAAUACAGGAGCCAUGAUCAGGUUCUUUUAUAGAUAUAUGAACCCACCUGCAAAGAAGGGGGAAGCAUACAAGCCAACUAAUCCUGAACAAGUAGCCAAUUGUAUUACACAUGGGGUUUGGAUCAUCCCUUCAUUCAUAGCUGCUUAUAAAAUGCACCAGAAUUCUCAAUCCUUUUUCCAUGAAACAGUUGCAAUGAUUUAUGGUGCUUCUUUGAUUUUCCUGUUUUCAAUUUCAACAACCUUUCAUCUAGUAUCUCUCAACAGUGAUUUAUGCCAGCUACAUUAUGUAUUUCAAAAAUUUGAUAGAAUCAUCAUAUACAUAUUUAUAGCUGCCUGCUAUAUGCCCUGGUUACUUCUGCAAGACAAUGGAGGACUUGGUGAUGACAUUGCAUUUGUUCUUUGCUUUGGGGCAAUCGCUGGAAUGGUUUUCUCAUAUUUUUUCCAUGAAAAAUAUAAGACGAUGGAUACCAUUGCAUACCUUAUGAUUGGUGUAGUACCAGCAAUUCCAUUAGCUUAUUUGUCAGAAAAGGCGUUGACUGAAGUUGCAGUUGGUGGCAUGGUGUACAUUGCUGGUGUGGCAUUCUUCAAAAGUGAUGGCAGGAUUCCGUUUGCUCAUGCGAUCUGGCAUCUCUUCGUUGCUGGCGGCGCAAUUGUUCAUUUCUACGCCAUCUGGACCCAUCUCUAUUCCAUAUCUCAAUAGUUUUCCCAUAGCUGUGGCAAAAGACGCUGGUCCCUUAUAGCAUCUCUGACAACAGAAUUUUAUUUAUUAACUUCCCUUUUUGACAUCGAGAUAGAAUUUCGGCCUGUAUCCCAUUCCUUGUAAACUCUCAACUUUAUAACUGCCUUUAUUGAUAAUUUAACAGACAUAACAAUAAUUUAAAUUAAUUUUCAAGGUCUAGAUUCCUUAUUUUAUUUAACCAUCCCUUAUUGCACUUGCAGAACAGGUUUAUUCAUUCAUUAUCAACAAAUCUCACUUACAAGUGAAUGACUACUUCUUUUAAUUCGUAACAGAUAAAAAAAUUCAUUAUGUAGAACUUUUAACAUGCAAAUAUGAAAUUUUAGUAACGAUAUAUCAUCGUUUAAAGUAAUAGAGAGGUAUGUAGGCACUGUCGUGAUUUCGUUUAAGGAAUUGUGCUGAAUUUGCCAUCUUUCAAUGUAUUGAACGUUUUCAAUUUUAGAAUGAAGUAUCACAAUAUUUUUUCGUUCAGACUUAGGCAAAGUUAGCAUCUAAUGUUAUUGUAAAUAGUCUUUAGAAUCAAUUACAUUUAAUUAGCUUUCUUUAAUCCAUCAUCAAAACUACAUGGCUUCGAAUGUUUCCAAAAAAUUUCUCACAUUUUCCCAAGCUGUUCUUCGAGCUUCUCCCAAAACAAAACUGAGUGGUCCUCUUAAAACAAAUUCUAUCCUUUUUUCUUUUAAAGCAAGGCAUUUCUUCCGAAAAAUAAUUUAAUUAUGUAUCAUUGAUGUUUUAAAACAAUAAGUUGUCUUAGCUGCUGAAAGUCCUUGCUGACCAAUUCUUCGCUAAAUCCAUCUUUUCGCUCCUCUUUAAAACAGCAGCAACUUCAGAUUCAACAAUAUCAAACGUUUUUAGACUUCCUUUUACAAAAGGAGCAAUAUUGAAAGAGAUUUCUUUCUGUUUGCUUUCUCUCUGCGGAAUAAUUCUUGCCAUUUCAUAUGUGGUAGUUAAACUAUGACAUGUAAUGUCAGAGUCGUGCUACCUUAUUGAGAGAAUCGUUAUAAUAACAUCGACUAAUGUUGUGAACAAUAAUUUAUCCCUGUAUUGUACAGUAACGAAUGUUCAAUUUUUGACUUUUCAUCGCCAAAUAUAAUGAAGUUUUAAUGUUAAUACGCACCAUUGUUUAAUUAUGCAUGUUUAUUUCCAAAUGUUAUGGAGUUUAUUUAAAUGUCCAAUGCUUGAAAUCCAAUUGUAAUAAAUAUAA